AAUCUUACCUAUUGUCGGCUGUAAAUGUAGUUUUUAUUCUUCCGUCAAGAAAACAGCGGUGUUGUUUUGCUCAAAUUAUAGAAUACAAACGUAAAAUUCUCUUAUCGAUUGCCAUGUGAAAGGGCAACUGGCGAUUAUUACCUUUGCAUUUUAGAGUGUGCCGACGACACGCUGUUCUCUCGCUGCUCAAGCACCGACCCGUGCGAGAACACGUACCAGGGUCCGCACGCUUUCUCCGAGGCCGAAACCAAAGCUAUGGGGAAAUUUAUCUACCUCAGAAGAAAUUUGUUCAAGUUGUAUCUGUCAUUCCACUCAUACUCACAGCUCUGGUUGACGAAUUGGGGUCAUACUCAGGACUCGCCACCUGAUAGUAACGACAUAAUGUCUCUGGCUCGCUAUGGUGCGGACAUGCUGAAGAAGAAACAUGGUACUACUUUCAAAGUCGGGUCUCCAGCCUCCAUAUUAUAUUCCGCAGCCGGAGCAUCAUUUGACUGGGCAAAGGGUGUCGCUAAGAUCAAGUACGCCUACACCCUAGAACUGAGAGACACCGGGAGAUUCGGGUUCAUAUUACCUCCCAACCAAAUUCUGCCUGUGGGCGAGGAAGUUUGGGGAGCAGUCAAGUCAAUAGCAGCCAGAAUUUACCACGAAGUGCGAGACGCUAAGGACAUGUUUUACACGGUCUAAACAUGACGUCACUGAAUGUAGUGACGUCAUUCAUUGAGGUGACGUCAGGCAUGCGUCAGUAUGUAGAAAUGUAUUUUAGAUAAAUCAAGACACAAAGCCAGUGAGAACAUACACACUUUGGAUGUUAUUCACAGUCUGCAAAUGUCUGUUCUUCGGGUAUAAAUGUGAUUUCGUUUUCUUACCACGACGCAGUUCGAAUUGCUAAGACAAACAUUUUCUAUUGAUUGGAAACGGUAAACGUAAGGUUGUAAGUCUAAAUUCGUCUGAGUUGUUACAUUAUUUAUUGUCAUUUUUCUGUCAUCAGCAGUUAAUAUUUAGAAAAUAAAGCAUUGUCUUAGUGUUAGUUUAUAUAAUUUUAGGAGUAAACUAGGUGCGGCCAGUAGUUGAAGUACAUGGAGUCUUUUUAGACAAUAGCAUGGGCUUCGUUUUGUCUAUGCCGUUAAAAUACCGUUUCUCCAUUUGUUUGUCUCAGUUAGCGUUUAGUGAAAUCCCAAAUAUAUCUUUGGAAACAGUUUUUAGCAGUACGUGUUCAUUACAGGAUAUUUCAGUUUCAAAUCUUCAAUUAAAGAGGUGAGGUGUGUAGGUGACUACCACUGGGGCCUUUCAGAGGGCUGCUGAAACCGCCUCCGAAGCGUCCAAACUAGCAACAUGUAAACUAGUUCUGUCAAAUAUUUUGUGAUGCGUGAGUUUUGUCAGUGUAAGUUGCCCUAUCCGGAUACGCACCUCGUUUUUUCACUAAUCUCUGAAACCCAGGGAGUAUUCAACGCACCUCAAAGAAAUCCAUGGUAUUCUUAAAGCAGUUACACCCAUUUAAAAAUACUGAGAAGAAAUAGGUUAAUAAUUUGCGUUUUUUUUAAGUUUGAUAACCUGCAGAUUGAAUGUGAUAUUUGGAAAUGAAAAAAGCAAAUGGCCAUUUUGGUGAUCUGGAUAGAUUAUAUACUUAUAUUUUGAUUGAAUGAAAAACUGCUAGACUGUUACCUCAAAGACCACGAUGAAACAGUAUGGGAAGUUUUAAGACAAUUUUAUGUUGUAUGAUAUCAUAGGCAGCUAUGUUUAUAUCCGGGUACCGUUCGUGGCCCACACCACUGUAUUUGCUGUCUUUCAUCAUUUAAUUUUAUUUUAGAUAACCUGUGCUUUUCUCUAAUUUAUGCUAACUUUAAGUGAAUAUGUAAGCAAGUAAUGCACAGCAAACAGGAAUUAAUUAACGAAAUGCAUUAACUUUGUACAUUCUGAAUUACUGGUGCGAUGUAAAGCGUUGUUCAUAAUAAGUGCCAGUAAAAGAUAGAAAACAUCAGAUAUCUUACUUGUUUUCCGCCAAAAUUCCACGAACGGUUCCUUUAUUGAUGACGUCAUUUCCCAAUAAAGCAAGAUAUGUGUAAAUGAUAUGAAGACAUAUUUGAACUUUACUUUCUAAUGAGGGAAAUUCAAGAUUAACACACCUGCACGCAUACAAUGCGCGUUAGACCUCAAUAUGUUGAAAAUUUUAAUUUCUUGGAAAUGCAACACUUUCCCUUAGAUUAUAUGUAAAGCAACACCUCCUAUGGUGAUAGAAUUGCACUACUGAUAUUAAAUAUUAGGAAUUUUGAACUCGAAAACUUGUUUAUACUCUAGAUAGUGGUUGCCUCAAUGCUUUUAGAUAGUAAAUACCUUGACGAAUUGAGGAUAAUUAAAGUGCUAAAAAUUCCAGAAAAAAUAAAUUUAUUAAUUUGCUUAGAUCUAACAUUCAUAGGGUGUCCUUAAAGCGUUAAAAUGCUUGCGGAGCCACACCAGUAUUACGAUAAGUGGUGAUUGGCAGCCUGUGCUUUUUCCACUGUCAAAACGACCCGACCCCCGGAGUUGAAACGUUAUAUGUAUGGCGCAUUUUCCACAGUUGGUAUUUCGUGUUUUGAUUCUGGAGUAGUAUAUUGAAUUCCAAGCCGUUCUAUAGCUGACCAUAAUUUAGUCCUUGUAAAUAAUCUGGCAAGUGUAAGGAUAAUA